ACGAUGGCAGCAGGAGCAGCACCAGCAUCCCCGCUCUGCUGAAAUAGCCACUGGAGAAGGAAGGGAAGGAAAGUGGGGGAGAACAGGACACAGGGAAGAAAGAGAAAGGUAAAAGCAAGCAGAGCCUUGUAGCCCACCGUACUACUUCAUCAGCAUCAGGCUAGAAAAGUGGGGGGAGAUCCACCCCCUUGCGAGAGGAUUCGGAGACAAAGGAAGCUUCAUGUUCAAAGGACCAGUGGAGAACAAAAACGAAGCAGCCAUGUCUGAGCUGGUCCCAGAGCCACGACAAAAACCAGUUGUACCGAUGAAACCCAUGGGCAUCAACGCCAGCUUGCUGGGCUACAUCGGUAUUGACACCAUCAUUGAGCAGAUGCGCAAGAAAACCAUGAAGACAGGUUUCGACUUCAACAUCAUGGUUGUAGGUCAGAGCGGACUGGGAAAAUCAACGUUGGUGAACACCCUCUUCAAAUCCCAGGUGAGCCGCAAAUCUUCAGGCUGGAACCGUGAGGAGAAGAUCCCCAAGACGGUGGAGAUCAAAGCCAUUGGGCAUGUCAUUGAAGAAGGUGGUGUCAAAAUGAAGCUUACAGUUAUUGACACACCAGGAUUUGGGGACCAGAUCAACAAUGAGAACUGCUGGGAGCCUAUUGAGAAAUACAUCAAUGAGCAAUAUGAAAAAUUUUUGAAAGAGGAGGUGAAUAUUGCAAGGAAGAAACGAAUUCCAGACACGCGAGUGCACUGCUGCCUCUACUUCAUCUCCCCUACAGGCCACUCCUUGCGGCCUUUGGACCUGGAGUUCAUGAAACAUCUCAGCAAGGUAGUGAACAUCAUCCCAGUUAUUGCCAAGGCUGACACCAUGACCUUGGAGGAAAAGACUGAAUUCAAACAAAGAGUGCGCAAAGAACUCGAAGUAAAUGGGAUCGAGUUUUAUCCCCAGAAAGAAUUUGAUGAGGACUUGGAGGAUAAAACAGAGAACGACAAAAUCAGGCAGGAAAGCAUGCCCUUUGCAGUAGUGGGCAGCGACAAGGAGUACCAAGUGAAUGGCAAAAGAGUCCUGGGCAGGAAAACACCUUGGGGAAUCAUUGAAGUGGAAAACCUCUCUCACUGUGAAUUUGCUCUACUUCGAGAUUUUGUCAUCAGGACCCACCUUCAGGACCUAAAAGAAGUGACCCACAACAUCCACUAUGAGACCUAUAGGGCCAAACGGCUGAAUGACAAUGGAGGGCUGCCCCCCAUGACUGUUGAGACAGAGGAAAACCAUGAAAGUAACCUGUGAAUGAUCCUCCUCCCCGCUAUCACCCAGUGUCUCUGGAUAUGACAUCCCACCCCUGCUAUCCUUGACUCUGCCAUGGACCUGUCUCUGAAGCAUGUGGCACAUCCUCCGUGGGCGUGAGAGGAUGCAAGUGUGAGUGUGUGCAGGCGUGCAUGUGCCCACCUGUGUGCCGGAGAGGGACCAAGGGCAUCUCCCCCACCCUUCCCAGAGUGUCCUCAUUCUCAGUUUGUUUUUUGCACAGUGGACUGUCCGUCAUCUUCC